UAUGAAUUAACAGAUAGUUAGCAAUAGUAUACAAGAGAUUACCCACUAUAACAGAGUACUAGAGGGAAAUAAGCGAUAUGUGGCUAAAAAACUAUCAACAGAUGAAUAAUACUUUAAAAAAUUGUCUCAAGGGCAGAGUCCAAAGUAUUUACUCAUUGGAUGUUCAGAUUCCAGAGCUCCUCCAAAUGAAUUAACAGAAACAGACCCUGGUGAAAUCUUCAUUCAUAGGAACAUUGCUAAUUUAGUGAUACCUACAGAUUUAAAUGUAAUAACAAAUACUAUUCUUUAAAGUUGAACUGUGUAAUUUAGUAUGCUGUGGAACAUCUAAAUAUCCAUAGUAUUAUUGUUAUGGGGCAUACAUGUUGUGGUGGAAUUAAAGCAGCAAUGACUUAAGAAUCUGUAGGAGGAUUACUUGACUUAUGGUUGAAUCAGAUUAAAAUAGUAUAUGAAAAACAUUAAGAUCUUAUUGAAUAAUUCGAUAAUCAAGAUGAUAAAGUGAAUUGUCUUAGUUAAUUGAAUGUAAGAGCUUAAGUUAUGAAUAUAUGGAAAAAUCCUAUCAUUUAAAAGUCUUGGCAAAAGGGAAAUCGUACUUUAUUUAUUUAAUAUAAUAGCUGUAAUGGUUCAUGGUUGGUUGUUUAGAGUUGAAACUGGGUAUAUUGAAGAAUUACUAAUUGAUUCUUAAACACCAGAAGAGAUGAGUAAAGUCUAUGCUUUAAAAUUUAAGUUAGAUUCUGAGAGAAUAUUAUAAAAGCAAGCAUCUAUUUAAUCUUCACCAAGAAAUAAUGCAAGAAAGAGAUUUUAAUUAAUGUAAAAGAAAAUAAUAUAAAAUCUUAAAAAUUUAAAAGAAAAUAGUAAAAUUGAAUAAGAUAUUGAUCCUGAAUAGUUAAGGGAAAUGGUUCAAGAUUCAUAGGAAUUAUGA